GCUAUGAGGGCAUGUCCCUCCUUCGCUGUUCCGCGCUGUGCCGGGCAACCAACUGCCAGGCAUUCCAGUUCGGCUGCAACUUGUGCACAAUCUAUCCUUCUGCAUCCGCCUGUGUGUCGAAGAGUCCGAGCAGCUGCGGCAGUGUCUACGAGCGUUUGUACAAUGGAAGCAGGACUGAG